CCCCGCUCCCUUCUAGAGGUCUACCACGAUGAAAAAAUACCUUGUGGCAACACUGAAUUUUCUGAGAAUCAGGCCAGAGCAGAGAGGAAAUGAAAGUGAAGAAGAAGAAGAGAAGUUGAUGUUAAUGUUAACCCUAAAAUUGAGUUCAUAGUCCAACUCAUCAAAAAUUUAAAAUUUUAAAAAAUAAAUAAAUGUAUUAAGUAAAUUAAAAGUUGCUCAGGAACACCUAGAAAUGAAUACUGCAAUGAGUGAUAUAAAAGAAAAUCCUCUUGAAAUGCACUGCAAAUAUUACUUGAGAAGGAAGAAAAGAUUUUGCAAAAUGACAGUGAAGAAGGGUGAAGAAUACUGUGGUGAACAUCAAGAUAUUGAUACAAUUUCGUCAGAUAAAAGUGGCAAACUACAAAGAAUCAUUUGUCCAUUGGAUAAAAAACACACCUGUUAUGCUCAUAAAUUGGAAAAACAUUUGAAAAUUUGUAAUGCAAGAAUAACAACAGUCGAAGUGUAUAUUUCUAAAGGCUUUAAUUUGGCUAAAGAUCAAAAUGAACUAGAAGAACCAACUUCGCCCCUUUCAACAUUCCUUGUCCCUCAAAUCCAAAAAACAAUAUCAAAAAUCAAUAGCUUUUAUGAAAACUUUAUCAAAGAUAAUAUUAGUGAAAUGGUUUUGACACAUGAUCUAGUUGAAAGUGAAAUAUCAGCACCAGAUUGUGGAGAAAAUUCAAAGAAACAUUUGAGACAAGUGUCUUCCAUAGUAGGUUUGAUGGAAAAAUAUGAAAUGAUGAAACCCAAUACCUGCUACAUUGAGUUUGGUGCAGGAAGAGGUCAACUUAGUUACUGGAUAGCCAGAGUAACUGAAACUGAUGAGAAAUCCAAGGUAUUACUUAUUGAAAGAGCCUCUCCAAAGCAUAAAAAGGAUAAUAAGUUAUCUAACACUACAGACAGAAUACUUAGAAUCAGAGCUGAUAUAUGUGACAUAGUUUUAGAUAAUUUAAGUGCUAUUUCUGAUUGUGAAAAUAUUGUUGGAGUAACUAAACAUCUUUGUGGAGAAGCAACUGAUAUAAUGUUGAGGUGCUUUGAAAAUAUUAAAACUAAUAGGCAUAAAAUCCAAGGAUGUCUCCUAACACAAUGUUGCCACCAUAGGUGUAAAUGGUCAUCAUAUGCUGGAAAGGAUUUGUUGGAAGAGCAGGGUUUUGACAAAAAUGAUUUUGAUAUUUUGUGUGGAAUGAGCAGUUGGGCCACUUGUGGGGAUGGACUCAGCAGGGAAAAGAGAAAAGAAACUGACCCUCCUUUACCUAAACAGAAUGAAAGGGAUAUGGAGAUGGGAUUGAGUAGAAAAGAUAAAGCAGAAAUAGGCAGGAGAAGCAAAAGGGUUAUUGAUUGGGGCAGAUUAUUAUUGUUUAAGAAACUGGGAUUUCAUUGUAGACUACAUUACUAUGUUAAUACAGAGGUCUCAUUGGAAAAUGUGUGCAUUGUAGUCAAUAGAUAGAAUAUAAGUAAACAAAUAAUUAUUGCUUACAAUGAUUAUCAUUGAAGAUUUACCCUUCAAUUCUCAGUAAAUAGUUUGUUUGCUGCUAAGUGAACACUAAACAGACACAUCAUAGUUUUCACAUGACUAGUGGUGUCCAUCAAGCACCUGCAAAAAAUCAUCAACAGAGGUAUAAUGUCACAGAGAGUGAUCAGUAGCACAAGACUGAGUCUCCUUGUUGUGGAUUGAUUGUGCACAAAAAAUAUAUAAUCUUCACCACAAAUAACAUUGCAACUAUAUCAGAUGUUUGA